AAAACGAGGGCCAAUUCCCUGCGCAUAUGGUGCAUGUUAGCCAGUAGCCCACUCGCCGACGAUAAUAGCUUCUAUUUUUCCCGUCUGAAAAGUGCAGAGUCUUAUCUGAAUUUACAACCUUAACAAGAAGUAACUUCACUCCACACGGAGAGAGAGAAAUCUCCCUCAGAAAGAAAACCAUACCAAAUCAACCUCGAAGAGGAGAGGGUGUGUCCUCUAACACACACAGUAGCAAUAGCUAUGGCCUCUGCAUUGCCUGCGCAAGUGGUGUCUCACUAUCGCUCCUGCUCUGCUGUCCAGGGUAGUUUUAGCCAUGAAGUUUCACAUGCGUAUAAGCCACUUAAGAUUGCUGGAUUGACAAAUUUGCUGCCCAAUAGUUCCCGGGUUGCAACUUCAAGCUAUUCCAAAACGGCUUUGACCUCAAGAUCUCACUAUGCAUCGUGUCUUUCUGCCAUUCCACAUUUCAGAGCACCUUUAGUUGGAUAUCAAAGAGUGAAGUGCAUCAACUCCAUGGCCAGUGAGCUAGUGCUGCAAGCUAAAGUGACGACAAAGUGCUUCUUUGAUGUAGAAAUUGGGGGUGAAGCUGUGGGUAGAAUUUUAAUCGGUCUUUUUGGAGAUGCUGUCCCAAAGACGGUUGAGAACUUUCGUGUCUUGUGCACAGGAGAGAAAGGAUAUGGUUACAAAGGAUGCUCCUUCCACCGUAUUAUUAAAGAUUUUAUGAUCCAGGGAGGGGACUUCACUGAAGGAGAUGGUACUGGAGGAAUCAGUAUUUAUGGUCCUAGUUUUGAAGACGAGAGCUUUGCCUUGAAGCAUGUUGGACCUGGAGUUUUGAGUAUGGCCAAUGCAGGCCCUAAUACCAAUGGCAGUCAAUUUUUCAUUUGCACGGUGAAGACUCCAUGGCUAGACAAUCGCCAUGUUGUAUUUGGACAUGUCAUUGAUGGAAUGGAUGUUGUGCGGCAGCUUGAAUCUCAAGAAACUAGCAGGUCAGACAUCCCUCGUCUGCCAUGCAGAGUUGUUAACUGUGGGGAGCUACCCAUGGAUGGCUGAUCUAUCGGAUUUUAUCUUACAAACAAUUAUGAGUGCAAUUUUUCUUUUAGUCCAUCCAAGUUUUUCUCACAUUUGAAUGUCCAAUAAUUUUAUCAAGUAGUUAUGUGAAUUGAUAUCAAGUUUUUAGUUGAGAGAAAUUGAGAUGACAUUGCUUGUUUGCUAGGAUAUUCUUGUCUGCAGGUGCUUCUAUUAUUUACCCCUUUAAUGCAAACUAGCAAAUUCUCUAAGUAGGGUAUACGUUUUGAUUCCAAUUUACUGGGAUUGUCGGCUGAA